CUGCGCGUGGCUGACUGGUCGAGAUUGUAGGCGUGGCGGGCGAGCGGCACAACGCAAAAAUGUGUUGAAUGAAGGUUUCAAUACCAAAGACGACGCCAUUUUGUGUUUUCUACGUUAUGUCUGAUAAAAAAUCGACGAUCCUUACACUACAGUUUUUCGCGUAGCGUUAGUUUUUCCGAGUUCGCAACAGUCAGACGCUCAUUGAUCACUCUUUCCGGGUGAUAUCAUUCAAUUGUCACGCGUGCACCCAUUUGGACGGACCUAUAUCAAAGGUACGUUCUACGGGCAAGUGUAUAAUCUAAAUGGUGCCUUGCAGACAGUAUGUCUACAUUGCCAGGGGUCAGUUUGAAGGGGGAGAAAAGCAAAGGAAAGAAUUCAUUUCAAUCAUUGAAAAUAAAUUGUUUAUAUAAAGGUGAGUCUACAGAAAGUAAUCAACAUAAAAGUAUAGCACCACGUAAAAAUGGAUUGCAAUCUAUUGGAAAAGUUAUCCGCAGUGUUCGUAACCCUGUUAAUUUACCAAGUGAGAAGUCCGAAUCUAGCCAUGAGUCUACAAUUAAUCUAGUCCCUAUUGGUGGUGGAGGAUGGAACAAACCAGUCAUAGAGAAAUCACUUGUGGCUGCGGGCAAAGAAGUUCCGCCAACAUCUAUUGUCACAACGACAUCUCAACUGUCCCAAAGUGGGCCUGUACAGGGACAACAACAUGUUUCAUCCCAUCCUACUUCCGUACAAGUGACUACCACCACCACAACUACAAGACCUUCACAUGCCGACGGCAAAACAUGGGCAAAAAAAAUUGUGGAUGUUCCUGUUGCUCCUCCAUAUUUAGCACAUCGUACAAUGCAAUUCCAACAAGAAUUUCCAAGUCUUACUUCAAGUGGAGAACACAAAAAUGUAAUCAAUACAAAUGUACCUAUACAGGCGAACACAGAACAGAGACCUUCUCUUCGUCCUCAAACCGAAACAAGUUGGAUGCAAGGUGGCAGUCGACCCCAAAUGCCUCAAGGCGCCGGCAAUGUUACUGGAGUUUCAGGUCAACCUCAUCAUUCUCAAACAUCUUCCGGAACAGAAAAUGUGAAUGGCGUACGGAGCAAUUCGGUCCAAAAUGGGGUGGCAGGGGCCCCGGCAGGCCUAAAUCCUUAUCAAAUGCAAUAUAACAUGACUAAAAAUCCAGUUAUGAGGAAUAUGUUGCCUAACUUUAUGGUUCCAAAUCAAUCUGAUAAUGUUAUAUAUCAUACCAAACAACAUAAUUAUCCAUCAGAAAAAAUGUUUCAUCAUAUUUCAUCUUCAUCAACCACUGAUGGUGGUUUAAGUAAACCUACAGCAGAUAUCAAGGAACUUAUACCUCCACCAAUUAUUCGUGAAGAGGAUUUAAAAAGAAUGAAUGAACUCUCCAAAGAAACUGGGUGGUCAAUACAAGGAGAAAUUGAUUACAAUAAAAAAUUAGACUUCAGUGAUGAUGAAGACCAAUUGAGUGAUAAAUUAAAUAAACAAUCAUUAAAUGGAGAUAUCAGAAAUAGAUCCGAUAGUGUUAAAGGUUUUUUUAAUAAUAAGGUUGCUAAUUGUGAUCCAAAUUUGGUUCAAAAUAUAAAGGAGAGUAUGUUCAUGCAAAUGAAUAUCAAUGGAAUAUCUUAUAACUCAGAUUAUAUGAAAUGUUAUAGGCCACCGUCAUCUCAUCAAGAAGAACGUCAAAUUGAAGAUGAUUUUGAUGAUGAGGAUUUAGGAAAAGUUCGUGUAACUGAAGAACUAACUACUGCUCUACAACGUGCGAAAGAUCGAAAAUUAGAAGAGAUAAAACGUUAUGAAAUGCAACAGCAACUAGAAGCAACUAAAAUUAAAAAGAUGGACGGAGAAAAUAAAGAUAAUAAAGAUAAAGAAUUCUUAGAUGAUGCCUCAAAAUUUCGAUCUGAAUUAUCAAAAGAUAAAUAUGAUGAAAGUAAUGACAAUAAAGAAAUUAAUAAUAAAUAUUUACCUUCAAGACUGCAAAAACAAUUUGAACAAAACAAUGACGCCAGUAUUAAAGCUCAAAAUGUUUCUUCUACAAAAGCAGUAAAUACACUUUGUCGUACUGACAGUGAUAUGAGUAGUAGUGGAUAUUCCGAGUAUAGAAGUGAUUCGUGGGUUGAAGAUGAUCACACUAAUAAAUCAUCAAGUCUAAAACGGGAUAAACGAUCAGAAUUUGAUAGAUACAGAAGGGAAAAGGUUCGUUCAGAUUCAAAAGAUAAAAAUGAUAAAUAUGCUCACAGUGAUUAUACAGCUAGAGUUGAUGAUAAUAGAAAAAAUUAUGAUCACAAACGUGAUUUCAAAAGAAAUGAUUCAAGUGGUAAUGCGAAGAAAUCAGUUGAUGAUAAUUAUGAUGCUGAUAAAAAAGUAUCAAAAUACCAUUCUCGGGAUUCCUUAGAAAAUCCAGAGGAAAUUGAAAAAGAUAAUGCGCAAGGUGAUGACGAAACUUAUCACUGGAGACAAAAUUCUGUUGGAAAAGAUUUCUACAAAGAUGAAAUGAAUUCAUCAGGUCAAUAUGGUAAAAAAUACAUACCUGGUCCAAUAACUCAAGAGAAGCUUGAAGCUUGUGAAUUGACUAGCGAACCUAAACGGAAUUUAAAUCAAUUAGUUAAAAGUGAAAGAAAGGACAUGAAGAAAAAUGAAGGUGAUGAUUUAUCUACUAAAGAUAAAUCUGUUUGGGAUUUAGCACCAACUAAUAAAAAUAAAAUGUCACAAGAGCAAAAACUUGAACAGGAAACAAAGAGUGGUAAAAGUGGACAAAAAAAUGAUGACGAUAAAUUAUCAGAACCAAAAUCAUCUUUAGAAAACAAUUCUGGUACUUCUACAUUAUCUCAUCAAAAAGGGAUGAGAUCUGACCGCUAUGUUGGAUCACGUUCAUCAUAUCAUCAGAGUAUCAAUUCUCGAACAGUUUCCAGGUCUGGGUCAAAUAGAAAAAAUGCUUGGCCGGAGUCUUAUGAAGAAGGUCAACGUUCUAGAGGUCCUCCUAGACGCGACGACAGAAAUCGAGGUGAUGACAGGAAUCGUGGAGAAGACAGAAAUCGUGGAGAAGACAGGAAUCGUGGAGAAGACCGAAAUCGUGGAGAAGACAGAAAUCGUGGAGAAGACAGGAAUCGUGGGGAAGACAGAAAUAGAGGCGAAAACCGAAAUAGAAAUGAUGACAGAAAUCGUGGGGAUGAUAGAAAUAGAAAUGAUGAUCGAAACAGAGGAAAUGUAAGACAAAAUGAUCGUUAUUCUGAUAAAUCAUCAUUACGUGCAUAUGGUCAAAGAUCUGAGCCAAGGGGAAGAGUUCGUUUAGAAUCAUGCACAUUAAAUGGACGUAAUAGUCAAAAAAAUAGUAUCGAUGAAAGUGUUGAGAAAAACAAUAAAUUAAAUACUAAUUCUGGUUCUUUAAGAAGUAAAAAUUCAUCUUCUAAAACACAGUCUAAAAUAGAUACAUUUUCAACAUCUGGAGAUUCAAACCGUAGAAGUGGUGAAAAUCGAUUUGGUUCUAGACAAAGUAACCGACCCAUCAAUAGUCAAAAACAAGAUGAUCAUUGGGAUUCAGUUAGUGAACCUAGUGAUUAUGAAGCUCAACAAAAGAAUAGUAAUCGGAGACUAAGUAGUCGUACAUAUUUAGCAUCUUCGAGGGGUGACAAAAGAUCUAGUUAUGACAAAAAAGAUCAAUCUAAAGAACUCAGUAAUACUGAAAAAUCUAAUCAAAAGUUAACAUCUACUAUGUCUAUUAAUAAUGAGCCUAAGAGUAGUUAUAGUGGUAAAUAUAAUAAAAUAUUCAAUAUAAACAAAAUAAAAAGAAAUAUUUUUAUUAAAUUUAUCUUUUUAGGAAGUACUUCUCAGGAUGGAAGAGCAAUUAAAAAAGAUGACCAGAGAAAGUUGAGUGAUUCACAACAAAAAACUCAACGAUUAACUAAUCAGAGUAAUCGUAAAGAUUCAUCUAAACCAACAUCUCGGGCUAAUCAAAAUAACAAUGCAGCUAAGCCUGGUCAAACUAAUCAGAGAUAUGAACGACAAAAGAGUCAGCCACAAAUUGGUCAAGAUGACUCAAACGUUCCCAUUAUUAAAGAUACGGUAGUAAUGGUUAGCAAUAAUCCUCCACCUCCUCCACAAACAAAUGCUUGGGACAAACCAAUAACUCAUGCUCUACGAGCACAAUCACCUAAUGUAAAUAAACCAAUUGCUCCACAGUCUAACAAUCGGCCUAACAGUUUAACAGAAAUUAAAGAAAAUCCUGGACAGACUUCCCAAAGAUCACCAUCUAAUAAAGAAAAAGCAUCACCUAAUGUUAUGGAGAAUGGUAUUCUUGAUUCUUCUCAACGAAUGGAAACUAUUAUAUUUGAAAAUACCACGUACAAAUCAAAACCAUGUGGAGAAUCUAAAAAUAAAUAUAAUUCCAAUAUCAAGCAGCGUAAUGAAAAAGAAAAUUGUAAUUUUAAUGAAGAUCCUCAAGAAACUUGUUUUAGAGCAUUUAAAUCUUCAACUUCUGAUAAUAAAGACUCUAAAUUAAAUGAUGCUGUACAGAUGUCUAUGAACUUUCAAAAUGAUGAAAGUUCUGAGUUGAAUCUUGGAUUUGGCGAUUUUGAGUCUGAUUUUACACAAACUGGUGGUCAUUUAUCUACAGAAAAUAAAGAUGUGAUGGCUAUGGCAGCCCAUACUAGAUCAAUGCAUACUGGACCAUCAUCGUUAGCAGCAAGUGACUUAAAGACUAUGAUAGCUGGGACUAAAAAGGUUUGGGACGACAAACCAGAAUCUAAUCCACAAGUGCAACAAAAUAUAUCUGAUAGUGCUUUUAAUGCAGUUUAUAGCACAGCAAGUAGUAUACAACAUGAUAAAUCUGAAAUGUCCGUUAUCGAUGAACAAAGAGUUCAUAAUCAGCAAGUGUACAGGUAUGUAAUUUGCCCUGCGCCUCAGUUACAAAAUGUUGCUGGCUCUUACAUUCCAGUGUCUAUGGCUGCUACUGGUCAACUCAAACAAGAUCCAAAUGCUGCUACCACAAACGUAUGCAAGGUUAAACCUCAACCGCAGGGUACAUUAUCGCCCCCAUUGAGUCAACAACAACAACAGCAACAGCAGCAACAACAACAACAACAACAGCAACAGCAGCAGCAGCAACAACAACAACAGCAGCAGCAGCAGCAGCAGCAACAACAAUCAUCAUCUAGUACACAUGUGUUCAGCUCUACAACUCCUCAACCACAUACAUCAACUACACCACUUCCUAAUGCUAUACCAACUCAAGCAACGCACAUGAAUUUACAAAUAAUGAUGGAAAAUAGUGAUGGAUUACCUGAUAUGUACGGUCCACAUAUUGCAAAACAACAGCAAACCCAUUUAAUAUUAAAUACCAAUAAUAAAAAUGGAGUAGAAAUGAUGACUAAACAGUUUGUGUCUGCUGGUACUGGACAAUCUCCUUCAUCAACUAUUUUAUUUAAUUCUGCUCAACAACAUUACUCAACAACAACAAUGCCACCACCAUCACCUUCUGCUCCUCAAGUUUAUUCGUUAUUGGAACCUUCUCAAACUGUUAUAAGUGGUGCAGCCCGGUCUCAGUAUAGUCAAUUUACUUAUGGUCUUCAAUCUAAUGGUUUGAAUCAAAAUAUGAACCAAUAUAAUCCAUCAAUGUUUAUUCAUGCUGGUUCACCGGCUGGUCAAGGUGGUUCAGAAGUAUUACAAUCUUCUAUAUCACCAUUCAGGAUGGGACCGGCUUAUAACAACGCUCAGCAAAUAAAUACAAAUAUAAACCCAGUAUUAAUACCGAGCAGUACAAAUUCUUCUUCCUCACAAGUAAAACAGUCCUCGCAGCAAAUUGGAGCAAUUGGAAAUAAAAAUACUUACAAUGCUACAACACCUCAACCAUCACCUUUUUUGGUGCCGUAUGAACCUAUAUUCAACCCACCAUUCAAUACCAUGAAUAAUACGAGAGCAACUCCAUUGCAAACUUCCUCGUCACUAUAUUCCACCAAUUCAGCCACAGGACCAACAAAUCCUAAUUAUAUUCCUUCUGCAUUUCAACCACAAGUGGUUCCUGGUGCAUCAGGUGGCAAUACUUACGGAAUUCCAGCAGCCGCCUUUGGUUCUCAAAACGCACCACCACCAAACAUGCAAAGUUAUACGUCACAGUACCGACAAGUACCAUAUAUAAAAGGGAAUUUGACUGGUGGAAAUGGUACAAAUGACCUUCAAAAGUCUGGAAUUUCGAAUCAACAAGAUUUAGGAAAUCCAAUGUAUUCUUCUAACUUAUUCAGACAACAACAGCAGCAAUAUUUUGAUACUAAUAAGACAUUGAUGAAUUCAAAUCAACAAACUCAUCAGGCUAUGCAAGGGAAAUAUAGUAAUUAUCAAGUAUCUGCAACUCAAAAUAAUCAGUUGCCCUUGAUGCAGCAACCCAGGAUGAACAUGAACAACAGUAACAAUGGAUCAAUGGCUGGUAAAAUCGCACCACCUUAUCCAACUCCUAUCCAAAGACCAGCAUCUACGUUCCAAUAUUUACAGCGUAUUCCACCUCCGCCACAAAACAUGCGAAUGCAGCCAAAUUGUGCGCCAAUACAACAUUUAAUGAACAAAAGCCAAAUCUCUAAUAACUAUUAUGUAUCUAAUACAGGUUUGAUUGUUGAACCUCCCUUGCCUAUACCCAAUAAAAUUGAUAAUGCUAAUGCAAUUGUUGAUUCAAAAGCAGAAGAAAAAAUAGACAGUAGUUCAAAACCACAAAACACAGAAUGUAUAGAUGACAAACCUCUGGCGACUAAUGAAUAAUGUUAAAUCUUUUAAUGUAAUACUUUAUGAAUAUGCGUGUAGAGACUAAGUGUCAUAAAAGUUUCUUGAACUCUUUUAUGUUAUGAAAGGCGCUAAUUUAUAAUAGUCGUGUUCUUUAGGUAUCAAUUUAUAUUACAUAUUUAUAUAUUUAAAAAAAAAACCAAUAAUAAUAAAGUAUCGUAUAAUAAUAUUUAUGUCAGAAAUCUAUCCCAAACAGUGAUUUGAGAGUUCUUAUACGCUUUUUAUUUGUAUUAAGCAUGUUUUUUCUGUGUCAAUUUUUUUAUCAUAAUUAUUAUAAUAUAUGGAUAUUUAUAAUAAUUAACAACUAAAUAAUAAUAAUAAUAAUAAAAAAAAAUUGUGCUAUUUAUAAUGUGUAGAUGUUCAAUUAUAUGUUUGGGUUGAUCAUUUUCUUUUUAUAAUAGUACAAAAUACAAACAUGUAUGUAAUUGAAAUGUUAAUAGUAUCGAUUUAUAAGAAAACAUUUUAAUCUGUCGGUUUGAGAUACAUUAUUAUAAUAAUCAUCCUGUGAAUGGACGAGAACAAAAUAAUUAUUUUUUUUUUUUUUUUAUUGUAAUCGAAAAUAAUAGAGUACUUGUGUUCGAAAAUAAUGCCGAUAUAAAUGUAUGCUUGUUAUUAUUAGAAUGUUAACAAUUUAAUAUUACAUUUUUUAUUUAUUCAAUUUAUUCAAUUUAAAUAUUAGAUUUUUUUAUAAUUUUCAUUUAUAACUAUUACUUUUAAGUCUUUGUUUACUUUAUACAUUUCCCCCCUACCCACACCCACCCUUAAAUGAUAGAUCUUGAUAGAUAUUUUCAAUUUUGUAAGAAAAAAAUCGUACAGUUAACUCAGAAAGAACAUACUAAUCCUAUAAAAUAUGUAAUUUAUGAAAUGUUUUAAUUUUUUUUUCCAAUGAAAUGUAAGUCCGAUUUUUAAAAUUGUUUCGUAAUAGAAAUUAAAAAAAAUAUAUAUAUAUAUAUAUAAAUACAAAAAAAAAAGGAAGAAAUAAAAAAAAUCUAUUCCCAAC